UAGUGGCUGUCCAUUAAUUGUUCCACUUGCACGUAACCGUGAUUGUGUCUUACGUCACUGCGUUAGUAAGGAUGCGCGCGCAGAUGUUAAAUAAGCUACAUUAGAGGCUUUUUAUGGGAAGAUGGUAAGCCUUGUCCUCAUACCCACGGAGGUCGUAGUGUAGUGCUCAGCCUGCCUUCAUCAACUUGAGCCCAGUAAGCAGACCUUAUCCAUCCCUCCUGCUGCUUCCCUCGCAACUAGUCUGUCAACGAGGUCUGAAAUAAGUAGCGGAGAACCCUCACGCAGACCCGUACUCUCAGCGACCAAUUGUGUGAUCAACAUGGAGGAUUUCAUCCAAAAACUUCCGUCGGUGUCAGGCUGGCUGAUCGGCGACGCUCCAGCCGUGAGAGAAGCUCUCGCCAAGUUCUCCUGGAAGUCGCCCGUCGUUGUGGUCAAAGUUAUUGACAGCGUUCUGAGAGGCAUCGCACAGGUGGCUUUUGGCAACAACCCUCUCACGGGCCUUUUAAUUCUCAUCGGCCUCUUCGUGGGUAACGUCUACUCCGGCCUUGGCGCCAUCCUGUGCUCCCUCACGGCGAUCUUCACUGCCAAGGUGUUAAACUGGCAGGACGAUGCUGUGGCGGCGGGUCACAGCAACUUUAACGCAGUGCUCAUCGGUACUGUCACCACCGCUCUUUAUCCCUCCGUGUUUGGGGAGGCCAUGCCAUUACCUGUCUGGGGCUACAUGGUGAUUGCCGCUGUGUUCACCGUGUGUGUGAUGGGUGGCUUGGGCAGGAUCAUGGAGGGACACAACAUUCCCGCUCUCACUCUGCCCUUCAACAUCGCGGUGUCCACUACCUUCCUUUGCAUGAAAAUGGCAGGUUAUGGUACUACCACCGACUCGCCGUCUGCUGAUCUUGUCGCUGAGGAGGCUAUCCACUGGGGCCAGGUAUUCCGUGGCACUCUCCUUGCUGCGGGCCACGUCUGGGCAGUGGAGGAUGUGGCUUGUUCUUGUCUGGUGUACUUGGCCCUCUUCAUUUUUUCUCCAAUCCUCGCUCUUGCCAGCUACGUGGGGGCCGCUCUGGGCACAUUUUCAGGUUUGUUGGUGUCAUCAUCGCCUUAUGCCGCUGUGUACCAUGGUGUGUGGGGUUACAAUGGCUUCCUAGCCGCCGGCUCGAUCUCAUUCUUCAUGGUGCCCAAUCCACGCAUUCUUCUGUUGGCCGCCAUCAACGCUGUCUUUGCCACUUUCAUCCAGUCUGCUCUCAACCCCGUCUAUGCUGCUAACGGCCUGCCGGUGUUUACUUUCCCCUUCUGCUUGGCAUCGGUGUUGAUGCUGGCCGCCGCCAUGGCCUCUGGGCCACCCUCACUCCGUGUUGGCAAUCCCACAUUCCCUGAGCUUCAUCUGGUGCAGCACAAGGAGAAGUCGUCGGCAAAGACCCCAGAGCCAACAAAGAAUGCAGACGAUGCAGUCACUCAGCCUAUGUUGUGAAGCUCUUUGGUUCGUUGGGGCCAAUCUCAAGUAUCUUUAUGGGUGUAUCUAGCUGUUCCCUAGUUAGAUUUUUUUUUUUAUCACAUUUUUUGCACACUGCCACAGAUCUUCAGUCCUUUCAUGUCCUGUAACGCUUCACCUACCCUGGACCUUUUGUCUUUGUCCUAUUUGAAUAGUUGUCAUGGAAGAUUAUAGGGAUUUUCGGGUAAAUAAAUUGUACACACCACUUAUCUAUACUCCAUUGCCUAAAAUCAUGUAAGGAGGAACAAGAGCUUUAUGAUCCUUUGCCCCUCACCCGUUUUCAUCUGCUUUGUGAUCUCUGAUCUGACCGAAAAGUUCCAUGAUCUAUAGCACUGACGCUUCAUUUACGUAGAUAACUGGAGCUACCACAGAAGUUUUCAGCAAUGCUAAAAUGAGUUUAUAACUAUAGGGAUUUGUGACUCUCCUCUGAGUUAAGUUAGUGAUCCAUGUUACUAGCAUCACAGCUGCAUUAUACAUCACUGACCUCUAACCAGUAUACAUGUUUGGGACUCUUAAAAGAGCUUUUGACGAUAACAAAAUGAGUUCCUGAUCAUCAAAAUUGCAAGAAUGAUCUCGGACUUGACCAAGGUCACGAUUUACUCUACUAACCUCUCAUUUUUACAUAAGAUUGAGACUCUCAAAGAGCUUUUUGGUAGUACCAACUUCAGUCCUCGACGACCAAAAUUGCAAAUAUGGUGGCAAAAUUCUAAUUUUCGUUGUUAAAUCUAUGAAUUUCUCCUUAAGAAAAAAUAAUAAAUACUUUUAAUCAAAAUAAAUGCAAAAUUUCUGUCAGAACGAAACUUAUUGUGACACAUCUGUAAGUGAAUAGAUUACCAAACUUCAUAUUAUUUGUAUUUACAGUUCUGGAGUGACCUCUGACGUGAUCUACAUUACUGACUUCGAAUUUGCAUGUAUGGAUGAAGCUCUCAAAGAACUUUUCAGUGAUAUCAAAUUGCUCUAUGAUAUUAAUUGCUCUUAAGAUGACGAAAAGAAAAAGCAAGAUAAAGUUCAUUUUGACUUAUCUGGGGCUAUAUCCCAAUCCACCUUCCUAAUUCCAUCCUAUUAAACUAAAAAUUCCAGCUGCCUACGACACACACACACACACACACACACACACACACACACACACGGACAGACUUCUCAGUUGUAUAUUAGAUGUGUUAAGGUGAUGCAUUGAUUCAUCGUUCCUGUCAGUGUAACAGUGGUCUAGUCUAUUGUUAUUAAAAACCUAAACUUACAUCCAUAUCAGCUGAUUACUUGUCCCCCUCUUUUCAUGAGAGACCCUGAAGCAUGGUAAUGUUGUAAAACUGAGAAAAAAAAAAAUAGUCCUUGUUUCUAUCUUAGCUUGACUUACGGUGACAGGCAACACAUCCGACACACAAUGAGCUUAAUGGCAAAGGUUUUUUUACUUCUUUAUUUAAACGUCUGCAUUUAUAUAUCUAAGAUAUUAGAUAUUUGAAGCUGGAUAUGCAUGUUACAGAAUAAACUUUGUGUACUAGCAUGUUAUGAUGCACUUUAAUGUUUUACACAAUAUCUUUAUGUAGAGGUGAAAAUAAACUGGUAAUAGGUUAAAUUAUUCA